UCAGACAGGUAAGAAUGCUGCGACACAUUCACGGCAACACGCAGAGGGUGGAGAGGAUGAGAGUGAGCAAGCAUGCUAGCGACUGAAAAAAAUUGGGCGUGAGAGUCGGAUGGCGAGAAAAAAAGAACAGAAUAAUAGGAAGGAUGGAUGAGGGAGAGAACGGGACACUCCUUACUUUGCACAAAAACAAUGAAUUUUGUGCGUCAUAAGGGUGCUCCUGCCCGGCCCCAAACUAUCGUGGAAGCUCCCCCAUUGGCUGGUACAAGAAAAGUACUUUUCGCUGACAGAUACCCGCUGAUCUCUUAUUGGUAGACAUUGUCCUAUGGUCCCGUACAAAAGUCCGAGCUGGAUUUGCGAUCAGGUUACAACAGUGGCCUGGCAGACACUGGACAUUGCCUGGGCAAGCAUGUCACUGGAGGACAAGUGACAGUUCUGAGCUCACUAUAGACACUUUCAGAAUAUAAUAUUGUGAGAGGAAAAUAUUAUCCAAAGCCAUAUGGCUCAUUGCAAGAUGUACUCAUCUGCCUGGUUUCUGCUGGCUGUUGUGACAGUGAUACCCUGGACCUCGGCAAGAUCAACAAGGACCAAACGGCAAGCGACUGUAUGUGUCCCGCCCCAAAAUCUUCAGAAUGGUAUUUUUCUUUGCGAGACGAUAGGCGCCGACCGGUACAUGGUGUGCACGGCCUCCUGCGAGCCAGGUUACCGUUUUCAAAAUCGAGGCCCUCCCGUGAAAAGACGUUGCGACAUGUCCACCGGCCUCUGGGAUGAAGACUUGUCAUCUGUCCCUCCUUGUGUUGCCGACGAAUCGUGUCCAGAGCCGAGCGCGCCGGCCCAUGGCAGCAUCCACUGCAGCAUGGUGAACUCAGACAAGGUGUGCUCCGUCGUCUGUGACGCAGGCUUUGUAUUUUCAUCACCACCCAACGCCUACUACACUUGCUCCAAAAAUGGAGUGUGGACUCCAAGCCGUUCUAUACCCGACUGCGUCAACGGAAGUGUCGCAGGUAUGUCCUCAGUGACCCCACCAACAACAGGCUCCUCUGCCCGCCCACUGACGGCCGACGCCACAGCAUGCGUCACGUGGGGAAAGAACCACUUCCGCACGUUCGACAACCGUGUCUACGACUUCCGGGGUUCCUGCCAAUACCUGUUGGCCCGUGAUUGUCUCUACCAAACGUUUGACAUCUACGUCAUCAACGAAGAAGGUUGCGUGGAUAACGGCCUCUCCAGGACAAAUUCGUCAACGUGUAAACGGGAUGUCGAUGUGUACCUUGCUCCGACCACAAGAAUUCAACUUCAAACAUCCAAUGGUGUGCCUGUGGUCACUUGGAAUGGUGAGACACUGCACGUGCCCACGUCACGGGAGGGGGUGGUGUUUGAGCAGGUGGGAGGAUACCUGACCGUCAGGACUUCUAUCGGCGUCAUGGUCAAGUGGGACGCCAAGAAAUCCAUCCUCGUGAAGGUGUCCGAGGACCUCAAAGGAAAGACUUGUGGUCUGUGCGGUCGUUUUGAUGGAAACCCAGAGAAUGAUUUUGAGGACAACACCGGUCAGGUGACGUCACUUGAAGCUUUCACGAGCAGUUGGAAGCGCACUCCACCUGGUGAAGCUACUUGCCUGGAUGUCAACCAAGAGGAUCUGUGCAAGCUAAAUGUACCAGAAAUACAGAUCGCUGCGAAAAAAGCCGCGUCCAAGUGUCGUGACCUUUUGUCUGACCCUGCCUUCAAGGCGUGUAACAAUUACGUGGAUCCUGCUCCCUACCUGGCUGCGUGUACAAAGGACUGCUGCAUCUAUGACAACCAGAACUGCACGUGCAGCACCAUGGAGGCGUACGCACGCGCGUGCAAUGAUGUCGGAGUCACCGUCAACUGGAGAACAGAAACUCGAUGUCCCAUGCAGUGCAGCGGCGGCAUGGUCUUCCAGCAGUGCGGCAGCUCCUGUACCCAGGAAUGCGGUGCGUCUGUUGGCACCUGUACAGACAGCACGUGCAUCGACGGCUGCUUCUGUCCUGCGGGGAUGCUCCUUCACGCCGGCACGUGCGUGGUGGCUGACCAGUGCCCGUGCGUGCACGCCGACAAGGAGUACCGCAGCGGCGACACUGUGCAGCAGGACUGCAACAACUGCACGUGUAACGCCAGCAAGUGGAAUUGCACAAACAACAAGUGCUCCGCCACCUGCUCGUCUGUCGGCGACCCGCACUUCCUGACCUUUGACGGUAAACGCUUUGACUUCAUGGGCACCUGCUCCUACUACAUGCUGUAUGACAAGGACUACAAAAUCAUCGUCGACAACCAGGAGUGUGGAGUUGGCGAGGCGUCCUGCGCGAAGUCCGUCACCCUCGAACUGGGCGAGGACGUCAUCAGGCUGGACCACAACCACCAACUGUUUCUCAACGGACGCGAGGUCAAAACGCUACCCGCGGAGGUCGCUGGGGUCAAGAUCUUUAUGGUGUCCUCCCUCUUCAUACAGGCGGAGCUGCCGAAUAACAUCGUCAUACUGUGGGAUGGACGCACUCGGGUGUACGUCAAGGCUCCGCCAUCUUUGCUGGGCAGGACGCUGGGUCUGUGCGGCACCUUUGACAACAACCAACACAACGACUUUCAGACGCGCGAUGGCGACACGGAGACCAACGUCAACGCCUUCGGCAACAAGUGGAAGACAGACGCAAACUGCCGGGAUGUGUCUCUCGCACCGCCCCCCAACCCCUGCGACACCAACGGGCAAAGAAGGCAGCGGGCUCUGUCCCUGUGCAAGGCCCUCAAGAGCGAUCUUUUCACAGGGUGCCACUCGGUGGAGGACGUGCAGAGUUACUAUGACAACUGCAUGUACGACGUGUGCUCAUGUCAGGGCAACAUCCAGGACUGUCUGUGCCCCUCCCUAGGGCAGUAUGCGGACACCUGCGCCAGCCAGGGCGUGGUCAUCCAGUGGCGGGAGAACGUUACUGAAUGCAAGUUGCCUUGCCCGGGGCUACAGCAAUACCAGGUGUGCGGCAACCCUUGCGAACGCACCUGUCGCAACAUGGCGGAGGCCGGCAGCACGUGCACCGCGCACUGUGUGGAAGGCUGUAACUGUCCGGACGGUCAGGCGCUGGACAACCAAGGGCAGUGUGUUCCGGUGUCCCAGUGCCCCUGCGUCUUCGACGGUCACGAGUUCCCUCCAGGCUACAAGGCACUCAAAGGGGCACAACUUUGCGUGUGCAACAUGGCGAAGUGGACCUGCUCGCACCUGAACUACGAUGCCGGCGUCCUGUUGCCGCACGACCUGCAGUCGCUGUGCCAGGCCAACAUGCACUACACGGACUGUGUGUCCCCCUGUCCGGACACCUGCGACUCACUGGAGGCUGCAUCCACGUGCUCCGCCGACCGCCUCAAGUGCAAGCCGGGAUGCGCCUGCAACGCUGGCCUCGUUAUGAACGACGGGAUGUGUGUCAACGUGUCCAUGUGUCCGUGUCACCAUGGCGGCAAGGCGUUUUAUCAAGGAGACACAAUCACUAAGGACUGUAAUAAAUGCACGUGUACCAAUCGACGGUGGGAGUGCGAGGACAAGGAAUGUCCCGCCGUGUGCAGCGCCGUAGGAGACUCGCACUACACCACCUUCGAUGGGCGGGACUUUCAGUUCCAAGGCACGUGCGACUACGUGCUCACUCGCGCUCGCGACGGAAGCGCCACCCCGUUUGUUGUGUCCAUUGAAAACGUCGCGUGCGGCACGACCGGUGUGACGUGCUCCAAGAUGGCGACGGUUUCAGUCGGCGCGCCAGGCACUGCAUCCUUCUACAGUCUCCGCCUGGUGCGAGGCCAGUCUGUGGCACCGGAACCCUUUUCUCCCUUCACUGUCACCGAGAUCGGACUGUUCCUCCACGUGGACACACCCUUCGGCCUGUCCUUACAGUGGGAUCACGGCACGCGCCUGUACGUCAAGCUGAGCAGUAGUCUUCGCGGUCAGGUGGAAGGGCUCUGUGGAAACUUCAACGGCGACCAAAAAGAUGACUUCACCACCCCCCAGGGUGGCCCCCCUGCCGUCAAGGCGACGACGUUUGGCGACAGUUGGAAGAUGCACGCCUACUGCGCCCCCGCAGCGGAAGUGAUUGACACGUGCGAGCAGGCUCCGCACCGGAAACCCUGGGCUCAGCGGAAGUGUGGGGUGCUGUCCUCUGACGUGUUUCGCUCUUGCCAUGGAGUAGAACCUUACAAAAAGUAUUUAGACAGGUGUGUCUUUGAUACAUGUGCCUGCGACCAGGGAGGAGACUGCGAGUGCUUGUGCACCUCCAUCGCCGCCUAUGCGCAUGUCUGCGCCUCCAAGGGUGUUCUCAUCAAAUGGCGCAGCAACGACCUUUGCCCCAUCGAGUGUGAGGACUGCAAGACGUACAACCCCUGCAUCACGUCGUGCCCCAAGAAAACCUGUGACAACCGUUUGGUGCACGAGCAGAUGCUGCAGCAGUGCCGCGAUGCCGGCAGUACGUGCUCGGAAGGCUGCGACCUGCAUCCUUGCCCAGCUGGACAGGUAUACGACAGCCUUAAGGAGCCAAGUACCUGCAUCCCCGAGGUCCUGUGUCAGACCCCUGCUUGUGAGGUGCGCGGCAAGCUGUACAGGGAGGGAGAGCGGGUGUGGGACGACAGCGUGUGCAACAACCAGUGUGAGAUCUGCAACUGUCGUAACGGCAACAUUGAGCAUAUCAGCUUCGGCUACUGCACGAGAGUGACACCUGCAACCCCUGCUAACGUCAGCGUGUCCACUUGGUCUAGCACGAGCCGUUACAGCACUGCCACGCCCACUGCCACACCCACUGCCACGCCCACUGCCACACGCACUGCUACGCCCACUGCCACACCCACUGCUAUGCCCACUGCCACGUCUUCUACCACGUCUACUGCAGAACCUUCCCAGACUUCAUCUACCGCGGCUUCUUCAUCGUCUUUAUCCUCAUCAGCAGCCUCGCCGUCUCCUUCGCCAGUGGGCAGCACCAGCGCAGCUUGGUCCCCUUCCAUUUCCUCCUCCUUUUCCCUUCCUCCCGUCAGAUGCGUCGAUGGAUGGACAUCGUGGAUGUCCGCCUCCACUCCCACACUCACCAACGUCGGCGACGUAGAGAGCUUCCAGGCAUUGCGCAUGCGCUACACCUUUUGCCAGGAAGCGGAAAUGGUUUCCAUUCAAUGCCGCUUGAUUGGAAGAGAAGUGGCUGCGCAGAACGCUGGACAGAAUGUCACCUGCAAUUUGAUUGACGGCCUGAGAUGCUACCACAGAGAUCAGAAUGGCCAGAGGUGCUAUGACUACGAAGUUCGCUUCCUCUGUGGCUGUGUGUCAGCUAGCAGCAGCAGCAGCAGCAGCAGCACCAGCAGUACCAGCAGCAGCAGCAUACAAGAGGGCAGCUCUGUAACCUCCGCAGUGACCUUUACGCAGCCGGAAACUAAGGGCACCACUCUAAGUCCUAGUCGCCCCACUGGCAUCUCGCCCGAAAUAUCAACGAUAACGCCCACUCCUUACGAAACCAAAGUGCCAACUUCUCAGACCAGCACGUUCCAAACCCCACCUGGCCUGCCUAAUUAUGGCACGUGUCAAGUCACUGGCUGGACGGCGUGGACGAACAGCGGUCCUCCCAACGCAGCCGGCGACCUCGAGUCUCUUGUCGACCUCCGCAAUUCUCACCGCAUCUGUGAUGAAAGGUUCACGAGGUCAAUUCAGUGUCGCCGGGUCAACUCCAGCGCUAACUCUGACGUCACGGAGAAGGUGGGCGUGGUCUGCAACACCAAGGCUGGGUUUGCUUGCCUCAACUCCAUACAACCCCCAGGGUCUACUUGCGAAGAUUACGAAAUUCGAGUCUUCUGCGACUGUUCUGAGAUUCUGUGUCGGUCCGACUUAAUCAUGAAUGCUUCACAAGAAGCUGUGUUACGACUGACAGCCUCCUCGCAACUUGAUGCUGACCACAACGCAAGCAAUGCCGGCAUGGACUCCCUGACUAGCUGGACACCAGCACCCGAUGACAGCAACCCAUGGCUGCAGGUGGAUCUCGGGUACCCUCGGGUACUGAGUGGAAUAAACACGAAAGGCGGCGCCACUAGCUGGGUGACGAGUUAUUCACUGGAGAUCAGCAGCGACUGCACUACCUUCCGCUAUUUGAUGGACUCCGACAGGAAGACAGAGAUCUUUGAAGGCAACACUGACUCCACUACAGUUGUCAGUCACAUGUUCCUAAGAAGUGAGUGGAAUGUGCGUUGUGUGAGGGUGCAUCCCCUGAAGUUCUCGACUGCACCCUCCCUCAGGCUGACCCUUCUUGGCUGCCCUGAAACAUUUGAAACACUGCCGCCAGACUUCUUCCCAUCUUUGCCACCUCUAAUUCCUGUUACUUCAACUGAGUCAGGGCAGACGCCGAGUGUAACGGAAGGAACCCCAUCAACCACCCCGGGCUCUGUCAUCGUCACCAUGCCUUACUCGUGCACCCAGGGCUGGACCCGCUACUUCAGUCUGGACACCCCGCAAGUGUCGCACAACUACGAGACCUCAGGGCCUGGAGACUAUGAAGUCUUGUCCGAGCUGAGACAGUAUUACAGCUUCUGCGCCAGACCUUCUGCUGUCAAGUGUCGGACUGUUGGCACCGAAAUACAGGCACAUGUGUACUCGCCACAAGUGACCUGUGACCUGGACAGAGGACUGGUGUGUGUCAACGCUCUUGCGCCUGGAGGACAAUGUGUUGAUUUUGAAAUAAGCUUUUACUGUGAUUGUGGAGAAGGCACUACAGUUGCGCUCGUGACAGGUCAGGAAGUGUCGGGCGGUGUGACGUCAGGCGCAACAGUUGCCACCCGUCCGACUGUCUCCCCUACCCCGAUCCCCACCGUGUCUCCAACGCUGUCAUCCGCUGGCACCGAGAUGGUCACUGGUCAGACAGUACAGUUCACUGGUACCUCAAGAGUAUCAUUGGAACCACCCAGCACCGAAGUAGUCACUGGCCACACCCUUCAGUUUACCGGAACCGGAAGACUCUCACCUGAAUCACCCAGCACCACUGGGGAAUAUCCCACAAUGUCACCUACCCCGUUCCCAACACCUACCCCAUUACCUCAAUCCACUCAAAACGAAGAGGUCUCUGGCCACACCAUGCAGUUCACGGGCUUUGGAAAAAUUUCGACAAUUGUCACCGAAAUUUCUACUUUCACCGGCUUUGGAACGCUGGGUGGGUCACAGGUCACAGAAAUGACCUCGGAAACAAUGCCGGGCAUGGUGACUGGUUCUCAGCCGACACAGAGCUCUCAACCAGCGACAGGUGUGACAUACACAGCCAGCCCCACACCCACAGGUCAGCCCUUCUCCCCAGUACCUUACUGCAUGUGGAGCGAUUGGAUGAACUUUGACCAUCGAACCACCUCGUCUUCAGGCGAUCUCGAGACGCUGGGCAACCUACGCAUGGCGCAUGCGUUCUGCGAGCAUCCGGUUGAAAUCGAGUGCCGGGUCAGCGAUGUCGGCGCCAGCGAGAAGCGUGGCCUGAGAUACAACCUAGCCGGACAGCUCGGCGUCACCUGCGAUCUGAACCGCGGUCUCACGUGUCUCGACGCAGAUCAGGUCAACGGGGAGAAGUGUCUGGACUAUGAGGUUCGGGUGUACUGCGUAGAUGGGUGUGCAUCGAGCUCUGCAGUCCCCGCAGGACACAACCUCACGACGUCCUUUCAAGGUUCAGAGGUUCCCUCCUCCACGACUGGGCAGCCGUCUUCAACUGCCUCACUGAUUCAGAAUUCUAAUCAGACGACAUCGUUCUUCUCCACGUCCAGUCAAAGCCCUCCGUUCCCGACAUGCAUCCCAGGAUGGACGCCAUGGCUGAACACCGACAGUCCCAGCACAGGCGGCGGGGAUGUGGAGAUCCCUGCCAGCAUUCCGGGGUACCCUGCCACGUGCAGGCGGGUGGCAGUGGCGGACUGUCGGGUGGCGGGCACUGAGAGAUCUUAUAAGAGUACUGGGCAGGCCGUGACGUGUGACAACAACGGCUUGCAGUGUGCCAAUGACGACCGCCAGGUGUGCGUGGACUACGAAGUUCGCUUCUACUGCCUGUGUGAGCCAGAGACUUCGUCGGCAUCCUCAUCAGCAACUGUCGGGAUGUUCAGUGAAGGAUCAACGCCAUCGACAUCUGUUGCCAGCAACACGCAGCCCACUCCCACCUCCAGUCAGCUGACCUCUGGCAGAACUACCGAGGGCUUUGCAUCCCUGUCAUCUUCUGUGACAAACACUCAAUCACCCAGUACUGCGUCUACGGUGAGGCCUCCACAAGGACGAAAUCUGACUGGAAGUGAAAUUCCCAACUUGUCUACAACGACCAACCCACUCAUUAGUUCGACUUCUGUUGUGAUAUCUACGGAGUCAGGCUACACCACUACCACAAAAGUCUGUAACGAACUUCUUGGAAUCAGUGACCCCAACAUCAUCCCCAAAGACCAGUUGACAGCGUCCACGAGCAAAGAUUUCACGACAGAAGCUGACCAGGGUCGUCUUGACAACCAACCAGAUGGCACACGAGAAGGGUCCUGGGUACCAAGGUACCAGGAUCAGGAUCAGUGGAUACAGGUGGACCUGAAGCGGGUGGAGCUGGUCACAGGUGUGGUGAUACAGGGCCACCCGACCAGUCCUUACUGGGUGACUGUGUACAGUGUUUCUACUAGUCUUGAUGGCAUCAACUUUACACCGUAUGUACAGCAGGGACAUAACACGACCACGUACUUCACUGGCAGUUUCGAUCAAAACACCAAAUCACAGGCGCACUUUGACAGAGAGGUUCCCGCCCGCUACGUUCGUCUAACGCCGCAGGCCUGGAACAGCGUCAUCGCUGUACGAUUUGACGUCCUGAGCUGCACAGGGGCGACCACUCUCUCCUCUGUGACGACAGCGAGAAUGGGUCAAGAGUCGAGUACAAAAGGCGAAUAUUCCAGUUUGGGAGGUAUCACCUCGGGGGCACAGAGCACUCAGGAGCCAGUUACUCGACCUGAGACACCCAUCUGCUCGGUGCCUAUGGGCGUAGACAACCCCGUCAGAGUCUCCGACAGUCAGCUGACGGCCUCGAGCACGAGUGGACCUAACACCAGGGCGUACGACGGUCGCCUCUUCAACGAGCACGGAGCCUGGGUUCCUCAGCUAUCCAAUGAGAACCAGUGGCUGCAAGUCGAUCUGGGUCAGAGUGUUCCUAUCACGGGUGUCCUCACCCAGGGUUCCCCGGACUCCGGACGCUGGGUGACUGAGUAUCUGCUGCGCUACAGCAACGACAGCCUUGUCUUCUUCACCUACGCCAACCCCGACAACAGUCCCUUCCUGGUCACCGCUAACAGCGACAGCAAACAGGUUGCCAACGUAACCCUCUGGCCACCAGUAACAGCCCGCUACUGGCGACUCGUCCCCACAAAAUGGUCCUCAGAGGGUAUCGGUCUCCGAUUCAACCUGGUGGGUUGUCUCAGCCAGCAGUCCGUUACUACAACUACAGGAUACACAUCCACGAGUCUCAAUGUGGAAACUUCCACAGGAACGGCAAGGACCAGCCCAGAAGGCAGCACGAGUGUCCGACCAGAGUUAACUUCCACAAUGAAAACGUCACUGUAUACGGUGUCUUCAUCAACGACGACAACUGUUUCAACGUCUAACGCCACUGGUGAACAAAUCUGUCUGAUUCCAAUGAAUCUGGCCAGUCGGUACGUCGUACAACCGGAACAGCUGACAUCCUCCUCCAAUCUUGACCCAGACCACACUGCGCCAAAUGCCCGCCUGUACAGAAGCGAUCCCUCUGGCAGGUCUGGAGGUUGGGCACCGAGAAACGAGAGCAGUCCCUGGAUACAGGUGGAUUUCCUGACAUUGAAACUGAUCUCAGGAAUCGUGACCCAAGGAAGCCCUGACCUCGAUCGGUGGGUCACGUCCUACAUUGUGACCCUGAGCAGUGACGGCGUGACCUUUACACCCUACUCGCAUAACUCCAGUGACGGCAUCCCGACCACCUUCGUCGGCAACAACGACAGCACGACGCCUGUGCGCAAUCUGUUCAACCGUGACGUCAUGGCCAGGUACGUGCGCCUGCAGCCCGUGGGACGCAGCCAACGGGGCUUCGCUUUGCGAUUUGAGGUCCUCGGGUGUCAUCCUGAUGCACCCCGCAUUCCAUUCUUCACCACAACGCCUUCGACGAGCGGAACUGGCAUUACCUCGACGACAGAGAAAGGUGCCAAUGAAACCUCCUCGUCUUCUUACCAGAGCACAUCACCAGCUACCAUACAAGUGUGUGACUUGCCUAUGGGUGUGGAGAACCCUGAAGUCAUCCGCGACUAUCAGUUGCGAGCAUCCAGCUGCGUGGACCCAGAGCAUUGCGCUAAUCGCAGUCGUCUGUACAUGCUUCAGGAUGGGCCGCUAGGUGGAGGCUGGCAGCCAAGCAUCACAGACACUGACUCAUGGAUUGAUGUUGACUUCCUGGCGCCCUACCCAGUAGCAGGAGUGAUAACACAAGGAAGCGCAGAGUCGCCAAGCUGGGUGACAAGUUACGAAGUUUACACCAGCACGGAUGGCAUCAACUUCUACCCCGUGACACUCUCUACGACUGAAGAUAAAAAGCCUUAUCGGUUUUCAGGAAACAGUGACCAGUUCACCCCUGUUCAAAACUCGUUUCCCAAAAUUGCAGCUCGGUUUGUGAGAAUACGACCUGUCGAGUUCCAUGGCUCAGUGAGUCUGAGAUUCGGGGUCAUAGGUUGUCAGUACCCGUCAUCGUCGCCUCAGCUGACUACACCACAAUAUCCACCAGGUUAUACAGGUGGGUUCCCUGUGACUGAAAGCAAACCAACUGGUGAGCUGACUUCAGGGUCCACCAUCACUAUGACGGGGAGCACGCCGACAUCGACCAUCCGUUCUUUCUCGUCUGAAACAUCAACAAGUCCUAGUCAGCCGUCAAGUAGCGGUCUAACCACCGGAAACGCACAGUCAUCUGCCAGCACUGGCUUCCAAGGGACUGGUUCAUCUCAAACCACUUCCUCUGUAACGCAGGUUCAGUAUAUCACUGGCGAGCUCGUGACCAAAUUCGGUGAAAGCAUGCCCCCAGGAGAGUUGAGCACUGCGUCCACGAAGUCGUUCACUGGGUUUGGUACAGAGAGCACAUCGUCUCCUGUUUCAUUCGGAUCUCCUAGUCCACAAACUGUUUCUGGCGUGUACCCUGUGACGGGAGAAUCAACAAUGACAUCGACGGCGAGGACCACAGGUGAGAUGAAAACAGGGCCAACGAAUACAUCCCCGGGCACAGGGGCAGAAAGUUCUUCCACAGCUGCCGAGACCCAGACUGUAGUUUAUAUCACAGGUCAGAGGGUCACAAACGCUGGCUGGAACAGCCCCCAGGGGGAGUUAAGCACUGAGUCAACCACGUCAUUCACAGGUGUCGGUAUCCAAAGUACACCUCAACCAACAAUGUCAUCAUCAGGGACUCCGGGGAUGUCCCUGGUCACCGGCUAUUUUGAGACGAUGAGUGGAGUAGGCAACGCGACAGGAGCAAUGGCCACCGGGUCAACGGUCACCUUCACUGGGUAUUCUGCUGAAUCCACGAUGACGACUUCACCUACCCCAGUGUCAUUCAGCACCCUGUCUGUGACUGGGUUCUCCAAGCCUGCCUGCAUGUACUGGAGUCCCUGGUUCAGCGGCAACACACCGGAUGCUCUCGGAGAGAUCGAGUCGUACAAGGACAUGGCGAAGAUGAUGAGUGUGUGCCAGCAGGAGCAGGUCAAGGACAUACAGUGUCGCACUGUUGAUUCCAAGAUGUCUGUCAAUGGCAGUGAGAUCGGAGUGAGCUGUGACCUUCCCACGCUGACCCUCACUUGCUCCAACACUAACUGCCUCGACCAUGAGAUCCGAGUCUUUUGCGACGAAUGCUCGGUGCCAACGAGCGUUUCCACCUUCACAACGCCCCCGACUCAGUCAUGCGUGAACAGGUGGUCUGUUUGGGUCAACCGGGACACUGAUCCCACUGACGGUGACCAGGACUCUCUGUCUCCCCAGGAACUAGAUCUCUUCUGCCCUCUUGGCAGAAUUUCUCAGGUGGAGUGCUCUACUGCAGACUCCAGUGUCACGCAGUCCAAUGUCACGCAGCUGGCUGUCAGCUGUAACGUAGCAACUGGCGUGACGUGCGACUCUCGUCUGAACACUGUCAUGGCGUGCCUGGACUUCAAGAUCCGCUACUUGUGUGAAUGCCCAGGUUCGUCAACAGCACCACCCAUUGUGGGGUCGAGCCCUUCGGCGUCUGUCAGUCCCUGCACUCGGGGUGGAUGGUCAGCCUGGGUCAACAGAGACUCGCCGCAGACAGGUGACGGGGACCGGGAAUACCUGACGACCCAGGAGCUCAGUGAUCUGUGUCCAGGUGGCAUCAUCAACCAGGUUGAUUGUGAAACUAGUUCCGGUGUCGCGUACUACAUGGCCAAACAGGUUGUAGACUGCAGUGUACAGAACGGGUUUACCUGCUUACACAGGCUCAACACUGCGAACAACUGCAGCGAUUUUCAAAUCAGAUAUUACUGCCAGUGCACGGAAUACUCGCUAGGGACCACGGAAAAAGUCGCGACACCAUUCAACAUGGGAAGUACCUACACCACGAUGCCACUUGAACAAAGCAGCAUUUCUUCUUCCUCUGAGUCAUCAAGCUUUAGCAACAUUGUAUCCACGACCACGACUACAUCUUUCGCCACCUCCAAGCCACUAACCUCGGGAGAGACCUCAGGGACAACUACCAGCCAUCCCAUGAGCUCUACCACAACGCAGUCUGGCGCCUCUAAGAGCACCGUGCAAGAGGAAAGCACUCUUCCCAGCACAGAAAGUCACGUGACCUCAGGAAGCACCCUCUCCUGGUUGUCCAGCUCAUCCCAAACCACAAUUAGCGCUUCAUCAUCCCUGGCGUCACUCGCAUCGUCACCUGCUUUCUCGUCGACAGAGUUAUCUUCCAGGUCGACUGAGUUACCUCCCCAAACGAGUGCAACAGUCAUCACCCGCUGUUCCAGAAGUGGGUGGAUGCAGUGGGUCAACAAGGACAUUCCCGAGACAGGAGGAGGCGAUUAUGAAUUCCUGAGCCAAGAUGAGUUGUCCAACCUUUGUCUGGGCGGCAACGUCACUGCCAUCGAGUGCUACGCAGGAGACACACCCGCCUCCUCCACAGGGGAAGUCAACGAAUGUACUCUCGAGAAAGGUCUAAUCUGCGAGAACAAUGCAAAUACCCCGGCACACCCAUGUUCAGACUACAAAGUCCGCUACUUCUGCAACUGUGGGCCUACUGGGACAGUUUCUAUGCCUGCCACCACUACGACUACCUACAAUACCCCUACCACCUCCCAAAGAAUCCACCUGCAGUGCACCUGGUCACCUUGGCUGAACGCUGAUAAACCCAACAGCGAACCGUCUGACCCUGGCGACCUGGAGACUAUAGACCUUCUGAAGACAGUGUAUGGUCUGUGCCCCGAUAUUGCGGCUGCCGAGUGUAGAGUUGCCGGAUCAUCAACCCCAGCCACCGGUGUGACAUGUGAUGCCAACAACGGUCUCCGCUGCUACAACAAAGACCAGCCCGGCGGUGUCUGCUAUGACUACGAGAUCCGGGUCCUGUGCUGGUCACCGGAGUGUCAAGGUUCAUCUGAGCCUGCUAUCAUUAGCAGCACACCUGGCAUGACAACAUAUUCUUCGGAGCAGACAUCAACAGUGCCGUGUCAAGCUGGGUACGAAUGGAGCGCCUGCGCAUUCACUUGUGACCAGGUAUGUGAUUUCCUGGCCCGCACAUCCGGGGCUUGCGACGGGUCGAGUCCCGAUAGAUGUGUUGCCGGGUGUCGGCCGCAAGACAAGAAGGACGUGUGCCCUGCCGGCCAGCGACUCCGGGACUUCAAUACCUGUGUGCCCUCAGAGAUGUGCACCUGUCUACAUCCAAACGGCUCUGUCGCCCAGGCCUUUGACACCUGGCAGCAUCCAGCAGACAACUGCACACUGUGCAGCUGCUUCAACGGUGCUGUGCGCUGUUUGUACGACGCCUUCUGCACCCAAGCGACACAGACGACCGGAGUAUCAGGAGAAGCAACCACGUCUUCAGCCUCGCCGGUAACCAUGACAACGCCCGUGCAGCAGACGUGCGGGUGGAGUGCGUGGCUAAACGAGAACUCGCCGCUGAGUGGCGUUGGUGACGUGGAGACUGUAGCCAGAGCCAUCGCCAUCUUGGGAACCUGCUCGGCUCCCUUGUCAGUUGAGUGCAGAGAAGCCAAGAGCGGACUCAGGGCGGAAGACCUCGGACAGAAAAUCACGUGCAGUGUGACCUCAGGCCUGACCUGCUACAACACCGACAACAAAGAAAGUGCAGAGACUAUGAAAUGAGAGUGUUUUGCCCUUGUCCCACCGAAACCUCUGCCUUACCGUUAACGUAUUGCAAUGCCAGCUGGUCACAGUGGAUCAACAACGACUCUCCGGAUGUUGACGGUGUGGACAGAGAGCGCAUGACGGAAGCCGAGCUGAAGUCGUUCUGUCCCAACGGUUAUG